ACCCAGAGAUAAAGCCGGACCUCGAGAUGAUGCAGCCAGGGGUCGUUCUACUGGUCCUACUUCUGCCCCUCAUAAGCGGGGAUGUGAGUCACCUGUCCAAGGAUUACAUACCGCCCAGGGCGGAACAAGAUGCACUAUCCAAACGGUCCGAUGAUGAUGGCCAGGAGACUCAGAAGGAUCCGUCUGGGUUCUAUCCAUCGAAUGGAUUGCCCCUGCCACCGGGUUAUGCCAUUCCCACGGGCAGUAAUGUUCCACCUCCGCCUGUCCAGCCGCCAAACUUCCCCCUGCCCAUCUACCCACCGUUUUUUGGGUUCGGUGGGGGUCCUGGCGAGCCGGGAGUGGGUCCAGGAAUCGGUCCAGUGCCCUCGGCCUAUCCCAAUGGAGGACCCUUCCCGGUGGGUCCACCGAAUGCUGCCUACCAAUUGCCUCCGGGUGGAGCUUAUCCCAAUGGUGGAGCCUCAUUCGGUCCUCAGGGACCAGGUUUUCCACCACAAGGAGCUGGUUUUCCUCCACAGGGAGCAGGCUUUGCCCCACAGCCAGGAGGCUUCCAGCCGCAAGGAGGUUUUCCCCCACAAGGACCACCCUUCUCACCACAGCCAGGACCUUUCUCACCUCAGGGACCUCCCUUCGGAAAUGCUUUCCCUGGAGCUGGCUUCCCACCACAAGGAGGACCCUUCCCACCACCAGGAACUCCAUACCCACCCGAAUUCCUGACCAACCAGGGACUUCCCUCGCCCAAUCCCCAAGGACCGUUCCAAGGACUCUAUCCCAAUGGGUUUAAUGUACCCGUGGGCUUCGGCGGACCUGUGCCCGGCCAGAAUCCAUAUCAGCAAUUUGGCCCCGGAUUCGGAGGACCCGCUCCGCCGGGCUACUCCGAUGAGGCGGCAAAGGAGCAGUCAAAGGAGGGCGAGAGGAAGGUAGUGGCGCCUCCGCUGUCAGAUGAUCCCAAAAGUGGGGCGGACACUGUCUAUGCAACAAAUGGCGGCUAUGUCUACCAGAGGGCCAAGUAAUCCCUGGGUUUUAUAGCACCCCUAACUUGGGGUGAUUGAGUAGUGCAUCACCAUGUUCAUUAUAAAUUAUCAUCCAUUUUUUAUUUCGUAUUUUUCCAUUUGUGUUUUUAUUUAUUUAUUUUCUUUGGGGCCAUAAACCCGCGGACAGUCAAAACGUUUGUCUUUAUGCUAAUCGAAAUCGAAGUCGAUGUCUUCGCCAAACUGACUGAUAUCCAUAAACGAGACAAUCUAUCGUCGUGAUUGAUACAAAUAAACAUAUGUUUUAUGCAAACCCCAAGUGGACAGACAUUUGUUCCAUAAAUUAUGUUGUCUUGAAAAGUUGGUACAAGGCGAUAAAAGCCUGAGUAAAAAAAACUUGAUUAUUGGGUUGGUUGUGACUCAAAAGCCUA